GUCUGUCCUUGUCCAUGUUUCAUGGCGAGUGAGAUGGACAAUGUCGAAACAAGACGAGUGUGUGAAAACGAACGAAGUUGGUCGCGCGCGGGAAUCGGUCGUUUGUGUGUUUGAUCAUUUUUGUGCUGUGUGUGAUUUAUCUGGAGGCAUCGUAGUAUAAUUGUCGAUGCGGAACGAGUGUUUUUUUUACGACCGUGAAGGAAGUUUGUGUGUGUGCCAGUUUGAAAACGUUUGCGUGUGAAAAGAAAAAUCAUUCAUAAUGGCAACUCUAGCCGAGCAAGCUUCAAAGUUGUUGGACUUUAACCAGAAGUUGGACAUAACGCUUCUCGACAAUAUUGUAGGAUGUAUGUAUACUGGAAUAGGUGAACAACAACGGGUAGCACAGGACGUCCUGACUACACUCAAGGAACAUCCAGAUGCAUGGACACGAGUGGAUACAAUUUUAGAAUAUUCACAGAAUCAACAAACGAAAUAUUACGCGUUACAAAUAUUGGAGCAAGUCAUAAAGACAAGAUGGAAAGUUUUGCCGAGAAAUCAAUGCGAAGGUAUAAAAAAAUAUAUUGUAGGCUUGAUUAUUAAAACGAGCAGCGAUCCCGAAACAAUGGAGGCUUCCAAAGUCUAUCUCAACAAACUUAACAUGAUUCUCGUACAGGUAUUGAAACGAGAAUGGCCAAAGAAUUGGGAAUCGUUUAUUGGCGAUAUUGUUGGCGCAAGUAAAACUAAUGAGAGUCUUUGUCAGAAUAAUAUGGCUAUUUUGAAAUUAUUGUCUGAGGAAGUAUUUGAUUUUUCAAGUGGACAAAUAACACAAACAAAAGCAAAACAUUUAAAAGACACAAUGUGCAGUGAAUUUUCACAAAUUUUUCAACUCUGUCAAUUUGUUAUGGAUAAUUCACAAAAUGUUCCUCUUGUUGCCGUGACACUAGAGACGCUACUUCGAUUUUUAAAUUGGAUUCCUCUUGGAUAUAUUUUCGAGACAAAAUUAAUCACCACUCUGAUAUUUAAAUUUCUAAAUGUUCCAAUCUUCAGAAAUGUGACAUUAAAAUGUUUGACCGAAAUCGCAGGCGUUACAGUGACGAAUUAUGACGACAUGUUUAUUGUUCUUUUUGCAAAUACAAUGUCGCAAUUGGAACAAAUGUUGCCAUUGGAUACAAAUAUACGCGAUGCCUAUGCAAGGGGUCAGGAUCAGGAUCAAAAUUUUAUUCAAAAUUUGGCAAUGUUCUUGUGUACUUAUUUAAAGGAACAUGGCCAAUUGGUGGAGAAAAAACAAAUGAUGGAAACAUUAUCGAAAGCAUUACAUUAUCUUGUAUUAAUAUCGGAUGUUGAAGAGGUGGAGAUAUUUAAAAUUUGCCUCGAAUAUUGGAAUGGAUUGGCGGCCGAUCUUUAUCGUGAAAAUCCAUUUAUGUCAACGGCGCCAUUAUUUUUAUCGAAAAAUAAUGUUGCAACACCGCCAAGGAGAAUAUUUUAUUGUCCUGUAUUAACGAAAGUACGUUAUAUUAUGAUUAGUCGAAUGGCAAAACCAGAAGAGGUGCUCGUUGUUGAAAAUGAAAAUGGUGAAGUUGUUAGGGAAUUUAUGAAGGACACGGAUUCAAUAAAUUUGUAUAAAAAUAUGAGAGAGACACUUGUUUAUCUCACACAUCUUGAUUAUGUUGACACGGAACGUGUUAUGACGGAGAAAUUACAAAAUCAAGUCAAUGGAACUGAAUGGUCAUGGAAAAAUCUUAACACGUUGUGUUGGGCGAUAGGAAGUAUUUCGGGUGCGAUGCACGAGGAAGAUGAGAAACGCUUUCUUGUGACGGUAAUAAAGGACUUGCUUGGUUUAUGCGAGCAAAAAAAGGGCAAAGACAACAAAGCCAUUAUCGCCAGUAAUAUUAUGUAUGUCGUAGGACAAUAUCCCCGAUUUCUUCGCGCUCAUUGGAAAUUUUUGAAAACUGUUGUGAAUAAAUUAUUCGAAUUCAUGCACGAAACACACGAGGGUGUGCAAGACAUGGCAUGCGAUACUUUUAUUAAAAUUGCUCUAAAAUGUAGACGACAUUUUGUAACGUUGCAAAUUGGCGAAGUUGUGCCCUUUAUAGAUGAAAUUUUAUCUACCAUUAGCAGUAUCAUUUGUGAUCUCCAAACGCAACAGGUUCAUACAUUUUAUGAAGCUGUUGGUUAUAUGAUUAAUGCCCAAGUUGACACGGUAGUGCAGGACCAUUUGAUAGAAAAGUACAUGUUACUGCCGAAUCAAGUCUGGGACGACAUAAUAAGUCAGGCCUCAAAGAAUGUUGACAUCUUGAAAGAUCAGGAGGCAGUAAAGCAACUCGCCAGUAUCCUCAAAACAAAUGUCCGUGCAUGUAAAGCACUUGGACAUCCGUACGUGAUGCAAUUAGGACGAAUAUAUUUAGAUAUGUUGAAUGUUUAUAAGGUGAUGAGUGAGAACAUUAGCGCUGCCAUAGCAUUAAACGGAGAGAUUGUUACGAAGCAACCAUUAAUCAAGAGUAUGAGAGUUGUUAAGAAAGAAACCCUUAAAUUAAUAUCAGACUGGGUUAGCAGAACGAAUGAACAUCAAAUGGUCCUUGAUAACUUUAUUCCACAUUUAUUGGACGCGGUUUUGAUAGAUUAUCAAAAGACAAAUGUUGCAUGCGCUCGCGAACCUGAAGUUUUAAGCGCCAUGGCGACAAUUGUGAAUAAACUUGAGGGCUAUAUUACCAGUGAAGUACCGAAAAUAUUUGACGCUGUGUUUGAGUGCACCUUAGAAAUGAUCAAUAAAGACUUCGAGGUAUUCCCUGAGCACAGAACGAAUUUCUUCUUCCUGUUGCAGGCAGUGAAUGUUCAUUGUUUCCCUGCUUUUCUGUCGAUUCCACCGGCGCAGUUCAAAUUAGUCCUGGACUCAAUUAUAUGGGCCUUUAAACACACCAUGAGAAAUGUAGCAGACACUGGCCUCAAUAUUCUUCAUCAACUUUUGCAAAAUAUCGAACAGCAUGAUCAAGCGGCGCAGAGCUUUUAUCACACGUACUUUACGGAUAUUCUUCAGCAUAUUUUCAGUGUGGUUACAGAUACAUCCCACACUGCUGGACUUACAAUGCAUGCAACUAUUUUGGCAUAUAUGUUUUCACUUGUGGAAUCUGGAAGAAUUCAGAUACCUCUGGGUCCUAUUCCCGACAACACACUUUACAUUCAAGAUUUCGUAGCAAGGUUACUCAGGACAGCAUUUCCACAUUUAACGGAUAAUCAAAUUAAAAUCACUGUUCAAGGAUUAUUUAAUCUUGAUCAAGAUAUUCCCGCCUUCAAAGAGCAUUUAAGAGAUUUCCUCGUUCAAAUCAGAGAAUACACUGGAGAGGAUGAUUCUGAUCUUUAUUUAGAAGAACGAGAAACGGCUUUACGAAUAGCUCAGGAAGAAAAGAGGCAACAACAAAUGUCGGUGCCUGGAAUUUUGAAUCCUCAUGAAAUGCCGGAAGAGAUGCAGGACUGAAUCAACCAUGACCAUCCAACCAGCCAGCCAAUUUUCUCAUCAUCAACAACAACAAGAAGAACAACACACACACACAUACAUACACACUCACAUCCUGAACGAGAAAUGCUUUGCCGUAGGUACUAUCGUAUCCCUGCCCAUCAUCCCUCCUUCCCCCUUUAAUUCCAUUAUCCUUCCUUAUCAUCUCUCCACCCACAACAAAUCCACAUUGCAAGACCUUUAUUAGAUUUAAAAGAAAAAGAGAAGAAAAAAAGGAAAAAAAAAUAAAUAAAUAAAAGUAAUGAAGAUGAAAAAUUACAGUGCUGGUCGCUAAUGCCUUCUAAUUGACUAUUUUAAAGGUAAUUUAGAAAAAAAUUUAUAAAAAAAAAAAAAAAAAAAAAAAAGAAACUAAA